ACUACUACUACUACUACUACUACUACUACUACUACUACUACUACUACUACUACUACUACUACUACUACUACUACUACUACUACUACUACUAAUACUACUACUACUACUACUACUACUACUACUACUACUACCACUACUACUACUACUACUACUACUACUACUACUACUACUACUACUACUACUACUACUACUACUACUACUACUACUACUACUACUACUACUACUACUACUACUACUACUACUACUACUGCUACUACUACUACUACUACUACUACUACUACUACUACUAAUACUACUACUACUACUACUACUACUACUACUGCUACUACUACUACUACUACUACUACUACUACUACUACUACUACUACUACUACUAAUACUACUACUACUACUACUACUACUACUACUACUACUACUACUACUGCUACUACUACCACUACUACUACUACUACUACUACUACUACUACUACUACUACUACUACUACUACUACUACUGCUACUACUACCACUACUACUACUACUACUACUACUACUACUACUACUACUUCUGCUACUACUACUUCUAAAAUCAGUGGGGCAGAGGGCGAUGUGAAAAAGUUAUAUGGGGUGACUGCCUGUCUGCUCGGUCGUACAAAGGACAAUCCACUUCCAUCGCAUACUGAUGAUGUAUCUCUAGCCAACGAAUUUUUGCAAUUCUUUGUUGACAAAAUUGCCAGGUUGAGAAAUGACUUAGAUAAUAUAACCAUUGAAUCGGCACAUAUCGGGUCUGUAUCAUUAAACGAGCCUCUGGGUGGCACAAUUUUGACUGAGUUCACACCACUCUCAGAAAAUGAUGUCAUGAAACUUAUCCAAGGAUCAAAACCAACAACUUGUGAGCUAGAUGUUAUUCCAACACCAAAGUUGAAAGACAAUCUUAAUAUUUUUAUACCAGUUGUGACAGAAAUUGUAAAUAGAUCAUUAUCAUCUGGGGUGUUUCCAACAGAGUGGAAACGUGCUGUGAUAAAGCCUCUAUUGAAGAAAAAGGGUCUCCCUCUAGAACUUAAAAAUUAUCGGCCUGUGUCAAACUUGUCGCUUUUAUCAAAGAUCCUUGGGAAAUCUGCCUUACAACAAAUUACUCAUCACAUCGAAGUAAACAGACUUCUUCCGUCAUAUCAAAGUGCUUACAGAAAGGGUCAUGGUGUCGAAUCUGCAAUGAUGAAAAUGUAUUGUGAUUUGUUGGAUGCUUUUGACAACAAUAAAGUUACUAUCGUUGUCAUGAUUGACCUCAGUGCAGCUUUUGAUACAGUGGAUAUUCCAAUUGUACUUCGAAUUCUUCAGGAAGACUUUGGUAUUAAAAGUAUUCCUUUGAACUGGAUAAAUUCCUAUUUAACUGAAAGGACAAUGAAAGUUAUUGCUGAGAACACAUCUUCCAACACAGAAGAGCUGCAGAUCGGUGUACCACAGGGGUCCUCUGCAGGCCCAGUUAUUUUUACCAUGUAUAUUGCUGCUCUGAACAAAGUUGUACAAAAAUACCCAGCUGGACUUUAUGGGGAACAGCUCCUUCUUAUUGGAGGUCUUUGUUAA